AUGUCUUGCCACUCCUACAGAGUCAGGUCUGGUUGCCGCAUGGGCAACUUCAGCUCUUGCUCAGCGGUGACCCCCCAGAACCUGAACCGCUUCCGGGCCAGCUCUGUCUCCUGCAGGAGUGGGCCUGGCUCCCGGGGCCUUGGCACCUUUGGUAGUCGGAGUGUCGUCGCUUUUGGAUCAUGCUCACCCCGGAUGGCAGCUGUAGGCACUCGUCCCAUCCGCUGUGGAGGUGGCUUUGGUGCUGGCAGUGGGAUGCCCUUCGGCUUUGGUAAUGGGAGUGGUGCUGGUCUGGGCUUUGGGGCCAGCAGUUGUUUUGGUCUGGGAUUCGGAGCCAGUGGUGGCCUUGGCUAUGGCUUUGGUGGCCCUGGCUUUGGCUACAGAGUUGGAGGAGUUGGAGUCCCAGGAGCCCCAUCUAUCAAGGCAGUGACUGUUAACCAGAGCCUGCUAACCCCCCUCAACCUGGAGAUUGAUCCCAAUGCCCAGAGGGUGAAGAAGGAUGAGAAGGAGCAAAUCAAGACCCUCAACAACAAAUUUGCCUCCUUCAUUGACAAGGUGCGGUUCCUGGAACAGCAGAAUAAGCUCCUAGAGACCAAGUGGAACUUCCUCCAAGAGCAGAAAUGUGCCAGAAGCAACCUGGAGCCCCUCUUCGAGAACUAUAUCACCAACCUGCGGAGGCAGCUGGAUGUAGUGAACAGUGACCGGGCCCGGUUCGAGGCUGAGAGGAACCACAUGCAGGAUGUCCUUGAGGGUUUCAAGAAGAAGUACGAAGAGGAGGUAGGAUUCCGGGCCAAUGCUGAGAAUGAGUUUGUGGCUCUGAAGAAGGAUGUGGAUACAGCUUUCUUAAAUAAGUCUGAUCUAGAGGCCAACGCAGAUACUCUGACUCAGGAAAUUGACUUUCUCAAAGCCUUAUACAUGGCGGAAAUCCAGUUGCUGCAGUCACACAUCUCAGAGACAUCGGUCAUCGUGAAGAUGGACAACAGCCGGGACCUGAACUUUGAUGGAAUCAUCGAUGAAAUCAAGGCCCAAUAUGAAGAGGUCGCCAGGCGCAGUCGGGCUGAUGCUGAGGCCUGGUACCAGAGCAAGUAUGAGGAGAUGCGGGUGACAGCUGGCCAGCACUGUGACAACCUGCGCAACACACGGAAUGAGAUCAAUGAGCUGACCCGCCUGAUCCAGAGACUGAAGGCAGAGAUCGAGCAUGCCAAGGCUCAGCGAGCCAAGCUGGAAGCCGCGGUGGCCGAGGCUGAGCAGCAGGGCGAGGCGGCCCUCAAUGAUGCCAAGUGCAAGCUGGCUGAUCUGGAGGGUGCCCUGCAGCAGGCCAAGCAGGACAUGGCCCGGCAACUGCGAGAGUACCAAGAACUGAUGAAUGUCAAGCUGGGCCUGGACAUCGAGAUCGCCACCUACAGGCGCCUGCUGGAGGGCGAGGAGAUCCGGAUCUGCGAAGGUGUUGGACCAGUAAACAUAUCCGUGAGCAGCUCCCGGGGUGCCGUGGUGUGCGGGCCUGAACCCCUGAUGGCCACCUCCACACUCUCCCGUGGCGGGGUCACCUUCUCGGGCAGCAGCAGCAUCAGGUCCAGCGGUGCCUGUGGCUCCAGCCUGAGUGGGACCCGGGUCGUGACGGCCUGUGGGGACCUGCUGAGCGCAAGCUCCCAGGGUGGCUCCGUGCUCACAGGCGAAGCCUGUGUCCCCAGUGUCCCCUGUCCCCUGCCCACCGAGGGGGGCUUCAGCAGCUGCAGUGGGGGUCGCGGCAGCCGCAGCUCCAGCGUCCGCUUCGUGUCUACCACCACCUCCCGCCGGACCAAGUACUGA